UCCAACGAAGAAGAAUGUUGUAAACGAGGAAGUCAAUAUUUUACAGGAAGCCUGCGUAAGCUUCCUUUUGUUUUGUUUUGUCUUUGUUUUUCUGUACCAUGUUGAUGGGAUUUUUUCAGCGGGGAUAAAGCUGGAUUAGAAAAUAGGUUGAGGUUGAUCUUAUUUUUUUCUAUUAAGUUCAGUUUUGUGACGUUUGGCGUUCGCUCUGAACUAGCUUGACAAGCUAACAACAAAGCUAGCAGGCCUGAAGGCCAUCUGUCCAUUGUCUCUCCGUCGGCCAGAUACUUAUCCUGUUUACUUAAAGCAGCUGGUUUAAAAGCUAAUCGUCGUUCGGAAAUAUCUGUAACCACCCUGAACAAAUUGCUUGUAUCGCUGUCAUCUGUCAAACACCCAGGUAACGUUUCCUGUACCAGCUAGCGCUUCAUACUUGGGCCGGUCUGUUGGCUGACCUCACACCGUUCAAAAGCUUCAAUCACAGCCUGGUGAGAAACGGAAACCAGCACUAACAUAGACUAUCAAGACGUUGGAUCAUCAUGUACGCCCCGCCGGGAUCUACUGUUCCUGGAGGCCGGAGGAGGAGAGGAGGGACCUCUGUGCCCAAGCAGCCGGAGCGGAGUCUGGUGUCGGCUUUGCCCGGAGCUCUGUCCAUUACCGCGCUGUGCACGGCUCUGGCUGAACCGGCCUGGCUCCGGGUUCAUGGUGGCACCUGUCCAAGACAAGAGCUAGGGGUGGCAGAUGUCCUUGGGUACAUUGAUCCCAAGCUUUUAGACGAUUUCUGUGUGAACCCACAGACCAUACUACUUCUGAGGGUGAUUGCUGCCUUUUGCUUCCUGGGCAUCCUGUGCAGUCUGACAGCUUUCCUUUUGGACGUGUUUGGACCCAAGCACCCUGCACUCAAGAUCACACGCAGAUAUGCAUUCGCACAUAUUCUGACAGUGUUGCAGUGCGCCACAGUGAUAGGCUUCUGCUACUGGGCUUCGGAGCUCAUCCUGUCACUACAGCAGCAGCACAAAAAGUACCACGGUUCCUUCAUAUAUGUCACUUUCGCCAUCAGUUUCUACCUGGUGGCAGGAGCUGGCGGAGCCUCCAUCCUUGCUACAGCUGCAAAUCUCCUGCGCCACUACCCCACAGAGGAGGAGGAGCAGGCAUUAGAGCUGCUGUCUGAAAUGGAGGACAGCAGUGAAACUUUUCCCGCUGAUUAUGACAUUGCCAAUCAGUUUCAGCCACCGCCUGCCUACACGCCCUAAUGCCACAAGACUGGCCUUGUUAGCACACGCUUCUCUCUUUCAGCACGGCUAUUGGCUUGAUGAGCAAAUCCCACUCUUUAUCAAACGGAUAUCUUCAUAAAAUACUCUUCAUAAUGAACACAGCGUGCACAGAUGGUGCAAAAAUUCUGUGCUGACAGUGCUUGGGUGCAUGAAAGCUUUUCUAAGUGGUGGCAGAGAUUUAGGAUUUGAUUCUUACUUUCACCACUGAAGUUGUUAGUGAUUUGCAUGUAAAUGGCUUUUAGGAUUUGGUUCUUACAUGUGAAGCAAACUAAACUGCAAGAAGUGCUCACCAUGGCUCAUCAUAAGUAACUUAUGAAGCAGCCACAGCCACAUCAGUGCCAAUUAUUGAGGCCGGGCUGUCCGCACAUUGUCAGCGGUUGUAUUGCUCUUGGUUGGACGUGGAUGGAGCUUAGUUAAGCAUCAUUUUGAUGUAAUUUUUUAAAUUUUGUCAUUUAUUAUUUUGAUUUAACCCAAACAUAAAUGCAAACAUACACUGAGAAGUUUGUUUUAGACAUUUCUUUUAUAUAAAAUCAAAUGGACCCUUUUAUUUAUUAUUUAGCUAUUUGUGCUGUGUCUUGCUUCUUUUCUCUUUCUUUGUAGACACCUUCACUGGUUUAGUCUUAUUUAAUCACGCCUGUACUUGAAUUAAUACAUUGUUUAAAAUUUUGUGAGAGCAGUGUUUGUGGUGUUUUAAAAAGGAUCAGCCUCAGCCUGUGUUAUGCGUUGAGAGCGAUCGGCCACGGAGGAAAGGGCAGAAACUUUCUGUACGUUUCACAAGAAGUGAAACUGAGUAACCUUUGUACUUUGUUGCAUACGUUGGUUUUGUCAUGUUUCUUGUAUUUGAUUUAUGAAAGAAACCUUAUUUGUAGUUUGUGAUUACCAUGUGUGACAGUUUUGAGUUUGUGUUUUCUAUGCAUGAGUUCUUUUAUGUGCACAUUUUCGACCCUUCAGACUGAAUCCUGUGAGAAAAUCUCCUGUAAGGUUUCAGCCGAGGCUUAAAAAUUGUGAUGUGGUGACUAGUUGACUGUUUAUUGCUUAUUUUUCUUCAUUACUGCGUUUUAUUCUCAGAUUGUUGCUUUACUUCCAUCACCAGUAUGUAAAUAUUGAUUGUUUAUACAUAAAAGUGGUCAAAAUAAAAUAAAUGCCAUA